UCCCUUAAUGCUCCACACGUUGGUUUUACUUCUUUUUACAGUUAAAAAGUGAGAGAAUUUCCUCAUUGCAAAAGUUAAAAGGAUUUAUAAAGUGAGUGAAGUUAAGUACCUUGGAAAAAGGGGGAAAGAAACAAUGCUCAAAAGCUAAAAAGGUAUCGUCUUUCCUAAGCCGUAUAAGUGGGUUUUUAAUGCAAAGCAAUUUCAGUCCUCUACUAAGUUUGAGGAUGUUUUAAGCAGUAAAAUGAUCAGGUUUUGUGAGUAGUUCCUGGAAGUCCCUGUACUCCUGAAAAUGCAGCAAGACAAUUUUAGUCUUGGAGUAUAAAUAAUCACGGGUCUCUGCCUACUCACAUGUGCUCUCUCCUUCUCUCUUCACAAUUGUUUACCUUCUUCAUUUCCUCAGAAAUCUUUUCUGGUCUUCCUUGUUUACUCUUUUAGAGCCUAACAGUGAUGGGAUUUCAAGGCAGCGGAGAAAGUAACAUGCUGGGAUUGAGAGUGACACCAUUAAGGCACAAGCGGUCAAAGAGCUUUCCUGGAAAUAAAAGAGUAGAGGAAGAUGGCAUGGAUAAUUCUCUUGAAGCAUCAAAUCGUAUAAUGCUGGAUAUGGGGCACUUGAAGGACUCUGUCAAAACCCUGAAAAAGCAAUCUCCCACUCCCAGUAUUGAGGUCCAAAACUCUUUGAAGCAAGAGAUUUUACAGCUUGAGAGAAGAUUACAAGAUCAAUUUGAGGUUCGCCGUGCAUUGGAAACAGCAUUGGGUUAUAGAACUUCCCAUGAAUAUGUUCUUCAAGACUGCCCCUUGACAGUUGACACUGCUUUUCUACAGCCAGCUACCGAGUUAAUCAAGGAAAUUGCUGUGUUAGAAUUGGAAGUUGUAUAUUUGGAACAAUACCUUCUCUCAUUGUAUAGGAAAUCCUUUGAUCAACAAGUGUCUUCUAUAUCGCCAUCUAAAAGGGAUGAAAGGAUAAAAACACCAGUAGAUUGCCCGAGAGUGAGAUUUUUGAAAGUUCCCAAACCUGAUGAUGCAUCAAAAGUUGAAAAUUCGGCUCUACAGUCUUGUUACCAUGACAAUUCAUGCAAGGAGCCUAGUGCCUUUGAAGAAGAAAAACUAUUAGAUUCUGAUGUUAAUCGAUCUCAUUCCUCACUAUGUCAGCAUUCAGUAUAUUCAAGUAGAAGUUCACCUCCAGAAGAGAAUUUGACUAAAGCUAUUCGGACCUGCCGUUCACAACCUUUGUCCAGGAUGGAGUAUGCUCAGAACGCAUCGGGUAUAAUCAGUCUGGCUGAACAUCUUGGCACUCGCAUAUCUGACCAUGUUCCAGAUACCCCAAACAAGCUUUCUGAGGAUAUGAUCAAGUGCAUGGCUGCUAUAUAUUGCAAGCUUGCAGAGCCACCGAUCCAAAAUGGAUUAUCAUCUCCGAAUACAUCCACGUCACCGGCCAGUGCCUUUUCCCCACCGAUGCAGCACGACAUGUGGAGUCCGGAGUUCAGAAAUAAUUCAUCUUUUGAUGUACGGUUAGAUAACCCUUUUCAUGUGGAAGGACUUAAAGAGUUCAGUGGACCAUAUAGCAAUAUGGUUGAAGUGCCAUGGAUUUUCAGAGAUAGUCAGAAACUAGGUGAUGCUGAACACUUGUUACAAAAUUUCAGGUCACUUAUCCGUCGAUUGGAAGAGAUUGAUCCUAGGAAGUUGAAACAUGAAGAGAAGUUGGCAUUUUGGAUAAACACACACAAUUCAUUAGUGAUGCACGCUUUUCUGGCUUAUGGUAUCCCACAAAAUAAUGUGAAGAGACUCUUUCUGCUGUUGAGGGCUGCAUAUAACAUCGGAGGUCACACCAUUAGUGCAGAUACAAUACAGAGUUCUAUCCUUGGAUGCCGUGUUUCUCGUCCCAGGCAGUGGCUUCGGUUAAUACUCUCCUCGAGGACAAAGUUUAAAACUGGAGAUGAGAGGCAGGCAUAUGCAAUUGAACAUCCACAGCCACUUUUACACUUUGCCCUCAGCUCGGGAAACCAUUCCGAUCCGGCGAUCCGUGCCUACACACCAAAGAGAGUAUUACAAGAGCUGGAAACUGCAAAAGAAGAGUACAUCCGUGCUACGUUUGGUGUCCGCAAAGACCAGAAAAUUCUGUUACCAAAGAUUGUAGAGUCAUUUGUGAAGGAUUCAAGUUUGUGUCCAGCCAGUGUCAUCGAAAUGAUCCAACACUAUUUACCCAAAUCCCUUCGUCGGAGCAUUAGAAAAUAUCAGGCAGGAAAACCAAACAAGAACAUAGCAUGGAUUCCUCACAAUUUUACCUUUCGGUAUCUAAUAUCUAAAGAAUUACUAAGAUGAUUGCAUGUAUGUAUGCUGUUCGGGCAUGAUAAGUUUUGCAAGUAUUUCCAUUUUGGUAGAUUUUAGAAUUUUCCUUGUACAGAGUAGGAAUGAAAAGGGAAAAUGUUAGGAUAUAACAAUGAAGCAUCUUUUGUAAUGCAAUUGUUAUCAUCCUUUGUCAUGCAAUAGGAAGAUCCACUGAUUUAUGUAAUGUGCAUUGAGAUUUGUAUAUAACUGUGGGCUGAUAUACUUUUAUUAGUGAAAGGAACACACGCACA